AUGUUAUUAACACGAAAAAGCUUUUGCACAAGCAUCAAGGAGUUUACAUCGUCUUUUAAGACGGUAAUAUUACCACCCAUAAGUGGAAGUAAUAUAUGCCAAAUACUGUUAACAACGUAUGGAAACUUGCGAUGGUACUGGAGAAUCUGUUUUCUUGACAAUAAAUGCAGUAACAGAACAAUUCCAGCGGAAAUCAACGCCACACCUUCUCUGCAAACCUAUAUCUUUCCUGUCUCAAACAUAUCUCAAAGAUAUAAACUUGAAUUCAGCACUGUUCAUCUGGAUAGUAUGAAGUUUCUAGGGAUCAUAAAAAUAGCCUUUUCAGAGAGUUGUUUCCAAAAUUCCUCAUCUUCAGAACUGAUUCCCUUAGAUUUUACUCAAAGAGAUGGGAUUCAUGUAAAACCUAGCCUUUUUAUGGUUAUUGCAGUUUUGGUCCUUUGUUUACUCAUUCUAUUCGUAAUCUCACUUGGUAUUGCCAGAAAAAGACGAAGAUUUUGCCUAGAUUUGAAGUCCCCUGACUCUACUGACAAGAAAGUGUCAAUACAUGACUUUUUAGCAGCAAUGACUGUAGAAAAAACUCUAGAAGGUAUAUUAACAGAAGGGAACCCAAAUUAUCGAUGGUACAGUCACAGAUUGUUGAAGGGAACGAUUGUUGAUAUAGACAAAUCGCAAAUUCAAAUACAUACGUUGCUGGGAAGAGGAGCCUUUGGAGAGGUCUUUAGAGGAAUACUGUUAGGUAGAGAGAGAAAUGGAAAAAAUACUGAUAUAGCUAUAAAGAGAUUAUCAAAAAGUGCAGAUCAACAAUCCCAAGACGAAUUUUUGUUGGAGGCUUUGAUUUUAUUCAAAUUUCAGCACAAUAACAUUGUUAAAUGUUUGGGAAUCUCAUCUUCUAAUGGAAUAUAUAUGAUACUUCUUGAAUUGAUGUUGGGUGGCGAUUUGAAAACAUUUCUACGAAACACCAAAGAUAAAGAGACACAGAAAUCGACCCUAAAGAUGUCUGAACUUCUCCGUCUAGCUGCUGAUGUAGCGUGUGGCUUAAAUUAUUUGGAAUCUCUUCAUUUUGUUCACAGAGAUAUAGCAGCUCGUAAUUGUCUGCUUACAAAUUUAGGACCCAAUCGGGUUGCAAAACUCGGAGAUUUUGGCCUGGCCAAAGAUAUUUUGCUGAAGGACUAUUAUAGAAAGGAGGGGACGGCGUUACUUCCCAUUCGAUGGAUGCCCCCCGAGGCGUUUCUUGAGGGAUAUUUUACCUCUAAAUCAGAUGUUUGGGCUUUUGGCGUUUUAAUGUGGGAAAUUUUCACUUCUGGAUUUAUUCCUUAUCCUGGUCUCCAAAACAAUGCAGUGAUGACAUUUGUAACUAAAGGAGGUCGAUUAGAAAUGCCUGCCCUUUGUACUCCAUCCAUAUAUGAUUUAAUGUGUUGCUGUUGGCAGAGUGAUCCAAUUGAAAGACCUUCAUUCCAAACGAUACACAGAUUUUUAAUUAUGACUUACAAGAAAUUUCAGAACGAUGAGUCUGCAAGUAAUGAACAAAGUGAUGAAGACAGAUCAUCACCAAGAUAUUGUUCUAAAGUCUUCAAUGAGGAGGACAGUUCACCACUAAUGUUAAUAGAUGAAAUUUGUAGAGGGGGAAUGUAAUAUAAACCUUCCUUUUGUUUGGGAAAAAAACUCUAAUAGGACUGUAUAUUAUCACAAAUGUCAUUUUAUUUAUUCUGAAAAGCAAAUUUGAUAAUAACAGCCCUUCAGAUGCUCAAGCGUUCUUAUAAUACUUUGCAAUAUUUUUAUGCCCCCGUAAUCGAAGAUUCGGAGGCAUAUAGUUUUUGCCCUGUCCAUCCGUCUGUCUGUUUGUCCGCAAAAACUUUAACCUUGCCCAGGCCAAAAUAAAAAUUACCUUUGUUUCCUCUAACGCGACCUACCCACUUAAAUCGUGCCGACUGAAAAGUUUUUUAAAUCAGAUUAUUUAAAUAUUUUUUUUUAUUGUUAAUCAACUUUAUAUAAAAUACAAUUUCAUCAAAAUCCGUUUUUAUCAGAACGGCGGCUUUUGUUUGGUGCCCACAACAUGUGGCCACAGAGGGUUAGUUCGUGUUAUAAAACAACGGCGAUGUAUCAAUCUUGAUAUACAUCUUUAACUUAUUAGAAUCCUACCCUCUUGAGACAUCUCGUGAAUUAAUGUACCAUGACUAAGGAGUGUUAAGAUGGUAUUUACAAAUGUGUCUUCUAAAAUUAACGUACGUAGUACGCAUAGCAAAGCCUUCCUCAUGAGCAGAUGAGGGGCGCUCCUUGUGAAUACAUAUCAAAACUUUCACUGCAUUUGAUUCGUUUCGAUCUAAUAAACAGUUCAUGUAUGAUCCCAUUUUUACUAUAUAUAGGACAUAGGAGUUGUAAAUAUAUCUUUGUAUGAUUAUUUCAUCUUGAUAAAUAA